UUCAGAAACAAAAUCAGAACGAAACUCACAAGAAAACCCAAAUUCCGAAACUUAAAACCAAAACAAUUAACAAAUCUCUCUGUUUCUUUUUUUUUUUUUUCUUUUAGAGAAGAAAGAGAAACGAAAACGAUAUAUCCCACUCUCUCACUCUGCUGCCAUUGCAAAAUUUGGUCUGAUCUUUUUUUAUUUAUUUUUAUUUUUUUACCAUUGGCCUUCUUCUUUUUUCUCUUCUCUAUCAUCAAUUAUUUUUAUUACAAUUGCAAAAUUUACAACCCCCUUUUCCCAGCAAUUUUAUUUUUCUGUUGGGUUAUGGUUUCUGGAGGCUCUUCUUUCGAGUUCUGAACUUUUUGGUACUCUCUCUUUCUUUCUUUUUCUUUGUCUUCCACGUUCCAUCAUCUCAAAUAUCUCUCCCAGACUAACACAGAUUCAGACCAAAUUAUAUAUAUAUUAUAUACACGUACGAGCAGUAUAGAGUGCAAAUUCAGAAGCUAAUCUCCAUCCAUUCUGAUUUAACUCACACUUCAUUCCUUCACCCAUACUUUUUCUUUUUUGCUUUCUAUCUGAGAACCUUUUUUCGCUUAGUUUUAUUUUAAACCUCCUCUUCUCUAGGGAGAAUUUCCCUGUCUCUUUCACAUUCUGGCUUCUCUUUCUCUCUCUUUGUGAGAAGAAAAGGAAAAAGAAAAAGAAAAAAAAAAAUGGGGUGUGAGUGUAUCAACAAUGGCGUCAUUGGCCGGCGCAGCAGGAUAAUCUUAUGUCCGAUUGUUUCUCUUCUCUUUUUUCUGAUUUUGGCAUCGACCCAGAUGAGAUUCAUGGCUGAAGGAAGAUUUAUUUCAAGGAACGGCAAGACAGUGAAUAAUAGUGAAGACAAAAUGGUAUUGAGAGGACAAAUUGGGUCAAGGCCACCAAAAUGUGAGAGAAGAUGUAGUUGGUGUGGUCAUUGUGAAGCCAUCCAAGUUCCAGCAAAUCCACAAAAAUCAGGAACUAAAAACUCCUCAACAAUGAAGAACAUAGCUUAUGCUAGAGAUGAAGCCUCCAAUUACAAGCCCAUGAGCUGGAAAUGCAAAUGUGGGAGCUUAAUCUUCAAUCCUUAAACACCCUUCCUCCACUAAUCUCUUUCUCUGUAAAUUAGUGAUUAUCAUUAUAUAUAUGAUUGUUAAUUUCUUCAACUUAACAUCUCCCAUUUCUCCCUCACUCUCUCGUUUUAGUUAGAUAACGAAGAGUACUAUGAUUGAAUUGAACUUGGUUUCUUACUUCCAUAUUGUUGUUGGUCUCAAAUUGGUUAAUUGAAUUGGAGAUAGAAAAGAAAGUUGGUGGUGA